AUGGAAGAUAGAAAAACAAUGAGCGCUGGAGUUUUUAAAAAAGUAGGUGGGAAUUUAGAAAUAGUUAAAAUGUCAAUACCAAAACCAAAACAAGGUUGGGUAAGAAUUAAAGUUCAUUAUUGUGGUGUGUGUCACAGUGACAACUCAUGUAAAUAUGGUAUUUUGAAAAAUGAAUAUCCAAGAGUUUCAGGUCAUGAAGUAUUAGGUGAAAUUGAAAAAUUAGGUGAUGGUGUUGAUCCAAUUAAAUUUAAAAUUGGUCAUUUGGUUGGAGUUGGUUGGAAUGGUGGUAAUCAUUGUGGUAGUUGUAGAGAAUGUUUAAAUAAUAAUCGUUUAUUUUGUAAAAAUUCAUUAAUUACUGGUAUUAGUAUUGAUGGUGGAUAUGCUGAAUAUAUUGUAGUACCAUCAGAUGCAUUGGCAUUCAUACCAGAAGGAAUGAAUGCUGAAGAAACUGCACCAUUAUUAUGUGCUGGUGUAACAGUGUACUGUUCAUUAAAAAACCAAAAUUUUAAAAAAGGUUCAUUAGUUGGUGUUUUAGGUAUUGGUGGUCUUGGUCAUUUGGCAAUUCAAUUUUGUAAGAAAAUGGGUUAUGAAGUUAUUGCCAUGUCAAGGGGAAAUUCAAAAGAGAAAACAUCUAGAGAAUUAGGAGCUUCACAUUUUGUAGACAUUGCAAAGGAAGGAUGGGUUGAACAAAUGAAACAAAUUGGCUCAGUUGAAUGUAUACUAUUAACAGCACCAUUUCCUCAUUUGGUUCAACCUUCUUUGGAAGCUUUGGGUGUAAAUGGAAAGUUAUUGCUUCUUUGUAUCAUUCCAGAACCAUUUUUUGCUGAUUCUCUAACUAUGAUUUUGGGUAAUAAAUCAAUUGUUAGCUGGUAUGUUGGUAAUUCAAAUGAUAUCCAAGAUACUUUAGAUUUUGCACACAAAAAUCAUAUAAAACCUAUUAUCCAAACUUUUCCAUUACAAGCUGUUAAUGAAGUUUUAGAUAAGAUAAAUGAAGCUAAUUUUAGAAGUGUGAUUAAAAUUUUAUAA